GUCCUCUUCCUCCUCACGUGGACCUCCUGCCCGCGGUGUCUCGCCAGCAUCGCCGCUAAAAGUGACUUUGUGUCUUUGGCGGAGAUGGAGGACGAGCUGCUGAGGAACCUUUUCCAAGGCUACCAGCGCUGGGUCAGGCCAAUCCAACGAGCCAAUGACACUAUUAAAGUACGCUUCGGACUCAAGAUCUCCCAGCUGGUUGAUGUGGAUGAGAAGAACCAGCUCAUGACAACAAAUGUUUGGCUUUGUCAGGAGUGGAUUGACUACAAGCUGCGAUGGAAUCCAGACAAAUAUGGAGGAAUCACGUCCAUCAGAGUUCCCUCUGAAAAUAUUUGGCUGCCAGACAUCGUCCUCUAUGAGAAUGCUGAUGGGCGUUUCGAGGGCUCCCUGAUGACCAAAGCCAUUGUCAAGUACAACGGUAUGAUCACCUGGACGCCACCUGCCAGUUACAAGUCGGCCUGCACCAUGGAUGUCACCUUUUUCCCUUUUGACCGACAGAACUGCACCAUGAAGUUUGGCUCCUGGACAUACGAUGGCAACAUGGUGGAUCUGGCUCUGAUGGACUACCAGGUAGAUCGAAAAGACUUCUUUGACAACGGGGAGUGGCAGAUCCUCAGUGCCACCGGUGCCAGAGGAAACCGGAAGGACGGCUUGUAUUCAUACCCCUUCAUUACUUACUCUUUUAUUCUGAAGAGGCUACCGCUGUUCUACACUCUCUUCCUCAUCAUCCCCUGUCUGGGUUUGUCCUUUCUGACUGUCUUGGUGUUUUACCUUCCCUCAGACGAAGGAGAGAAACUGUCACUUUCUACCUCUGUCCUCGUCUCGCUCACUGUGUUCCUCCUGGUCAUAGAGGAGAUCAUCCCCUCCUCCUCCAAGGUGAUCCCACUCAUUGGAGAGUACCUCCUCUUCAUCAUGAUCUUCGUCACACUCUCAAUCAUCGUCACCGUCUUCGUCAUCAACGUCCACCACCGCUCCUCGGCGACCUACCACCCCAUGUCCCCGUGGGUUCGUAACCUCUUCCUCCAAAAACUGCCGAGGUUGCUCUGCAUGCGUGGACACAUCGACCGCUACCACUACCCAGAGCUGGCCCCUGAGAGCCCUGAGCUGAAGCCUCGCUCUGGAGCUCGGAGAGCAGGCCAAAGGAGCGGAGCCCAUGGACUGGCGACUUCUGAGGGGAAGGAGGAAGAGGCAUGGGCGACCAUGUUGGAGAAAGCCAUCUACUCAGUGCGGUACAUCAGCAGACACAUCCGCAAGGAGCACUUCAUCCACGAGGUGGUACAAGACUGGAAGUUUGUGGCCCAGGUGUUAGACAGGAUCUUCCUGUGGGCUUUCCUCACUGUUGCAGUACUAGGUACCAUCCUCAUCUUCACUCCAGCUCUGCAAAAUUUCCUUAAAAUCCCUCCUCCGACUGCAAGUGAGGAUCCACCUUCACACUAAUGGCAAUGACGUAUGACUUUCACAGACAACCUGCUGAUCCACCUUCAAGAACUUUAAAACACUUGAACAGGAAGAAGUCCCAGCAGGGGCUUUUUAAAGGUACACACUGACACUUUGAUUUCUAGUAAGAUUUC